AUGGCUAUGGUGUAUGGUGAUAGAUCAACUUCAUUCUCAUCUCAAGUCCUUACCUUCCACUCCUCUGCUAAAUGGAAUGCUCACUUCGAUGCGUUGAAACAAACUAACAAACUGAUGGUGGUUGAUUUCACUGCUUCAUGGUGCAAACCUUGCAAAGUCAUGGACCCAGUUAUCCAAGAGUUUGCUGACAAAUUCAGAGAUGUUGAGUUUGUGAAGAUUGAUGUGGACGAGUUACUGGAGGUAUCACAAAGUUUCCAAGUACAGGGAAUGCCAACUUUCAUGCUAAUCAAAAAAGGAAAAGUGACUGAUAAAGUGGUGGGAGUAAAAAAGGAGGAGCUACAAAGGUUGAUUGAGCAACACAGAAAAUAA